CGGACGGACGGGGCUCUGAUCUCUUCUUCUCCCGGGAGAUGCUCCUCGUUCCUCCUUCCCUCCUCUUGCUUGCGCUCCAGGUGCUGAAGAUGCUCAGAGAGCAACUUUGAGACAUGGCUCUGCUCGUGCAUCUGCGCAGCGUCACGGAGCUGCGAGGGAGGGCGGACCGGGUGGCCAAGGUGGCUUUCAGAGGGCUUUCGUUUUACACCAGAGUUUUGGAGAACUGUGAAGAUGAGGCUCGGUUUGACGAGACUUUCCGUUGGCCUGUUGCCAGUAAAAUUGAUGGAAACGAGAUGCUGGAGAUCCAAGUGUUCAACUACAGUAAAGUUUUCACAAACAGACUCAUUGGCACCUUCCGCAUGGUUUUGCAGAAGGUUGUGGAGGAAGCCCAUCUGGAGGUGUCCGAUACCCUGAUCGACGACAACAACACGGCCAUCCAGACGAGUAUUACCAUAGAGAUCAGGUACCAGACGGUGGACGGGUCGGUGGGAGCCUGGAGCGACGGGGAGUUCCUGGAUGUCCCUCACGAUGCGGAGGGUGUGUUCCAGUUUGAGAGCGCCAGCCUCCUUUCUGGGCACAGCCAGGGCUCAGGGGGGUCCCCUGGGAGGUCCAGCCAUAGUGCUCCUGCAUUCAGAAGAGCCGGUAAAGGAGUCUUUUCAGCCAUGAAACUCGGAAAGAGCCGCACCUAUAAGGAAGAGCAGAAGAAAGGAGAUGACCCGGCUUUCUUGGAGAACGAGGAUUUAGACCGAAAGGCGAUGCGACUUGGGGGAGCCUUGGACCCGGACACCAUCUCACUGGCCUCUGUUACUGCCGUCACAACCAAUGUCUCCAACAAGAGAUCAAAGCCAGAUAUCAAAAUGGAGCCCAGUGCUGGGAGACCAGUGGAUUACCAGAUUAGCGUGACUGUGAUAGAAGCCAGACAGCUGAUGGGCUUGAACAUGGACCCAGUGGUCUGUGUGGAGGUAGGAGAGGAGAAGAAAUACACCUCAAUGAAGGAGUCAACCAACUGCCCGUACUACAACGAGUAUUUUGUUUUCGACUUCCACGUGCCUCCUGACAUCAUGUUUGACAAGAUUUUAAAGCUGUCUGUCAUCCAUUCCAAAAACCUUCUGCGCAGCGGAACCCUGGUUGGCACUUUCAAGAUGGAUGUGGGCACAGUGUACUCUCAGCCCGAACACCAGUUCUACCACAAGUGGGCAAUGCUCUCUGACCCUGAUGACAUCACAACUGGGUGCAAAGGUUAUGUCAAAUGUGACAUUGCAGUAGUGGGGAAAGGAGACAACAUCAAAACACCUCAUAAGGCCAAUGAAACAGAUGAAGAUGACAUAGAAGGGAACUUGUUGCUGCCAGAAGGAGUUCCAUCAGAGAGGCAGUGGGCGCGCUUCUACGUAAAGAUCUACAAGGCUGAAGGGCUUCCCAGGAUGAACACCAGCAUCAUGGCCAAUGUGAAGAAAGCAUUCAUUGGCGAGAACAAAGAUUUGGUGGACCCUUAUGUUCAAGUAAUCUUUGCAGGACAGAAGGGGAAGACCACAGUCCAGAAGAGCAGUUAUGAACCAGUGUGGAACGAACAAAUCAUUUUCACAGAGAUGUUUCCACCGCUUUGUAAGCGAAUGAAGAUCCAAAUACGAGAUUCAGACAAAGUGAAUGAUGUAGCCAUAGGAACACAUUUUGUAGAUCUCCGGAAGAUUUCCAACGAUGGAGACAAAGGCUUUCUUCCCACAUUUGGACCUGCUUGGGUGAACAUGUAUGGGUCCACUCGAAACUACACACUGAUGGACGAACAUCAGGAUCUAAACGAGGGUCUUGGGGAGGGAGUCUCUUUCCGGGCCAGGCUGCUCAUCAGUAUGGCAGUGGAGAUUUUAGAUACCUCCUCCGCUGAGAUCAUGAGUUCCACCGAAGUGCAGGUUGAAGCCAUGCCCAACAUCUCAGAGACUGCCAUUGGGAAAAUGGAGGAGUUCUUCCUCUUCGGGUCCUUCCUUGAAGCCACGAUGAUUGAUAGGAAGAUUGGAGACAAACAGAUUAGCUUUGAGGUUACAAUAGGAAACUAUGGGAACCAGACUGAUGGUGUGAACAAGCCAUCUUCAAUGACGAAAAAGAAGGAAGGAGGGGAGAGCGAUGACGAGUCUGAGCUCAUCCAGAACUCCAGCGAAGAUGAGGGAGAAGAAGAAGGAGAUCUUGUCUCAGUCUCUUCCACACCACUCAUGAAGCCUGUGAUUACUGACAGGAAUUAUUUCCAUUUACCAUAUUUUUCGAAGAAGCCUUGCAUUUACAUCAAGAGCUGGUGGCAGGAUCACAGAAGGCGCCUUUAUAAUUCCAACAUAAUGGACAAGAUUGCAGAUAAACUGGAGGAAGGCCUCAACGAUGUCCAGGAAAUAAUAAAAACAGAGAAACCACAUCCAGAGCGCCGGCUGAGAGGUGUGUUGGAGGAGCUGGGCACCGGCUGCAGUCGCUUCGUAACACUGGCGAACAAGGAGCUGAGCCAGCAUGGGAGGACUAAGUUGGACCGGGAGAGGCUUAAAUCCUGCAUUAGAGAACUGGAAAACAUGAGUCAGCAGGCCAAGGCGAUCCGGUCUCAGGUGAAGAAAAACACGGUGAAGGACAAACUGAAGCAGGUUCAAAACUUCUUGCAGAAGCUGCGAUUCCUGGCAGAUGAGCCUCAGCACAGCAUUCCCGAUGUCUUCAUCUGGAUGAUGAGCAACAACAAGCGCAUUGCCUACGCUCGCAUUCCAGCCAAGGACAUCCUGUACUCCAUCGUGGACGAGGAGACGGGGAAAGAUUGUGGGAAAGUUAAAGCUGUCUUUCUCAGGCUACCUGGUAAGAAAGGUUUCGGUCCUGCUGGAUGGACGGUACAAGCCAAACUGGAAAUGUACUUUUGGCUGGGUCUCAACAAGCAGAGGAAAGACUUCCUGAGCGGUCUGCCCAGCGGUUUUGAGGAGAACAAGGCUCUGAAGGGCCCUGGCCUGCAGUCCGUCCCCCCUAUCAGCCUGGUCUACUCCAUGAAACAGGUCUUCCAGCUCCGAGCUCACAUGUACCAGGCACGUAGCCUGUUUGCGGCAGACAGCAGCGGCCUCUCGGACCCCUUUGCCAGGGUCUUUUUCUCCACCCACAGCCAGGUGACUGAGGUGCUCAAUGAGACUUUGUGUCCAACGUGGGAUCAGAUGCUGGUCUUUGACAAUGUGGAGCUGUAUGGGGAAGCCAGCGAACUUAGGGACGACCCGCCCAUCAUUGUUAUUGAAAUCUAUGAUCAGGACACCGUGGGCAAAGCUGAGUUUAUAGGUCGGGCGUUUGCAAAGCCCCUCACCAAGAUGUCGAAUGAACACUAUGGACCCCCCAGGUUCCCCCCCCAGCUGGAGUAUUACCAGAUUUACCGGGGAAACUGUGCUGCUGGGGAUCUCUUGGCAGCAUUCGAAUUACUGCAGAUUGGCCCAGCUGGGAAAGCUGACCUUCCCCCAAUUGAUGGCCCCACUGAUGUGGACCGUGGCCCAAUCUUACCUGUCCCACUGGGUAUACGACCCGUCCUGAGCAGGUACAGAAUUGAGGUGCUGUUCUGGGGUCUGCGAGACCUGAAGCGUGUGAACUUGGCCCAAGUGGACAGGCCUCGCGUGGAUAUAGAGUGUGCUGGUAAAGGGGUACAAUCUGCACUGAUCCAGAACUAUAAGAAAAACCCUAAUUUCAGCACUCUGGUCAAGUGGUUUGAAGUUGACCUCCCCGAGAACGAGCUUCUCCAUCCACCCCUCAACAUCCGCGUGGUUGACUGCCGGGCAUUUGGCCGGUACACUCUGGUUGGCUCGCACGCCGUCACGAGCCUUCGCAAGUUCAUCUACGGCGGCCCCGACAAGAACACCAGCCUGUGGUCUUCUGCUGCUAAGCUAAGGAAUGGAUACCUUCCCCUAACCAGCGGGAGUCUCUCCUCCUGCCCCCCAUCUCACCCCACAGGGGAAGUAGUGGUCAGCAUGGAGCCAGAGCCCCCCGUCAAGAAGAUGGACACUGUAGUGAAGCUCGAAGCUGCCUCUGAUGCCGUUAAAGUCGAUGUGAACGAGGAGGAAAAGGAGAAGAAGAAGAAGAAGAAGAAGGGAGAGGACAGUGAGCAGGAGGAGCCCGAUGAAAGAAUGCUUGACUGGUGGUCCAAGUAUUUUGCCUCCAUUGAAACACUGAUGGAAGUGCUCAGAGCACAGGAAGCCGCUCAGGUGGAGCUGGAGGACAAGGAGGAUUUGGAGAUUGUAGGAGAAAGUGCAGGCACAAAGGGAAAGGAGAAGGUGAAGGAGAAGGUCAAAGGGUCCAAAGACAAGAAGAAGAGCCACGCUGGCGAGGGAGCCGAGAAGAAGCCCCACAAGUUGAAGGUCGAUGAGCUGGUGGUGUAUAACAAGGAACUGGAAAACGACUUUGACGGCUUCGAAGACUGGCUGCACACUUUCAGUCUGUACCGAGGCAAAGCUGGAGACGAUGACGAUCAAAGCAUCACCGAUGAGGACAGGACCGUUGGAAGAUUCAAAGGGUCCAUGUGCAUGUAUAAACUGCCGCUGUCCAGUGACGUCUCCAGAGAAGCUGGAUUUGAUCCUAACAUGGGCAUGUUCCAGGGUAUCCCGCACAACGACCCCAUCAACGUCCUCGUUCGAGUCUAUGUGGUCAGGGCCACGGACCUGCACCCUGCGGACAUCAACGGGAAGGCGGAUCCCUACAUCUCCAUUAAACUGGGCAAGACGGAAAUCAAAGACAAAGAGAACUACAUCUCCAAGCAGCUGAACCCCGUCUUUGGAAAGUCUUUUGACAUUGAGGCCACAUUCCCCAUGGAGUCCAUGCUGACCGUGUCCAUCUACGACUGGGAUUUAGUUGGCACCGAUGACCUGAUUGGAGAAACUAAGAUCGACUUGGAGAAUCGUUACUACAGCAAACACAGGGCAACCUGCGGAAUUGCGUCCACCUACUCCGUCUAUGGCUACAACGCCUGGAGAGACCCAAUGAAGCCCACGCAGAUCCUGACCAAACUCUGCAAGGACAGCAAGGUUGAUGGACCUCAUUAUGGGCCAGGAGGACGAGUCAAGGUGGCCAACAGAGUCUUCAUUGGACCAACACAGAUUGAGGAUGAAAACGGCCUAAAGAAACAAACGGAUGAGCAUCUGGCCCUGAUGGUGCUCAAGCACUGGGAGGAGAUUCCUCGGGUCGGCUGCAAGCUUGUCCCCGAACACGUGGAGACCAGGCCCCUGCUGAACCCUGACAAGCCUGGGAUUGAACAAGGAAGAAUCGAGAUGUGGGUUGACAUGUUUCCUAUGGACAUGCCACCACCAGGGCCUCCUACUGACAUCUCACCCAGGAAGCCAAAGAGAUAUGAGCUCAGGGUGAUAAUCUGGAAUACAGACGAAGUAAUUCUGGAGGAUGAUGAUUACUUCACUGGGGAAAAAUCCAGUGACAUUUUUGUUCGGGGCUGGCUGAAGGGACAGCAGGAGGACAAGCAGGACACCGAUGUCCACUACCACUCGCUUACUGGAGAGGGCAACUUUAACUGGCGCUUCGUCUUCCCGUUUGACUACCUGAUGGCAGAGGAGAAGAUUGUCAUCUCCAAGAAGGAGUCCAUGUUCUCCUGGGAUGAGACAGAGUACAAGAUCCCGGCCCGCCUCACCUUGCAAGUUUGGGAUGCUGACCAUUUCUCGGCAGAUGACUUCCUGGGUGCGAUUGAGCUGGACUUGAACCGGUUUCCUCGCGGGGCCAAAACGGCCAAGCAGUGCUCCAUCGACAUGGUCCUCAACGAGCAGGAGCUUCCCACCAUCUCCAUCUUCAAGCAGAAGAGAGUGAAGGGCUGGUGGCCCUUUGUGGCCCGCGACGAAAACGAAGAAAUGGUGCUCACGGGGAAAGUUGAAGCAGAGCUGCAUCUCAUGACAGCCGAGGAAGCGGAAAAGAAUCCAGUGGGUUUGGGCCGCAACGAGCCGGACCCCCUGGAGAAACCCAACCGACCGGAUACCACCUUCCUCUGGUUCCUCAGUCCACUUAAAGCAAUCCGUUACCUCAUCUGCAACCGCUACAAGUGGCUGAUCAUUAAGAUCGUACUCGCCCUGCUGCUGCUGGCCAUGGUGGCGCUCUUCCUCUACAGCAUGCCAGGCUACUUGGUCAAGAAGCUGUUAGGGGCCUGAACACGGAGGGAGGCAGAUGCCGAUGGACGUGUUGCUCUGUGCUCCAGGCUUUGCAGUGACUCCGCCCACCUCUCCUUGUAUCACACUUCUGACACCAUUAACUCCAUCUUCUUUGAAACAAUUCAUUUUUAACUUUUGAACCAUUGCGAAUGCACUAAGCUGGUAUUGCAUGGGUACAUUUGAACCUUUUCUAAUAAUGCUGUCAUAUUUCCAGUAACAUUUUGAGUAAUUUGUGGUGCCUUGUGAACAUGUGUGGUGUGUUUAAAUAACUCUCGGAAUGACGUCUUAGCAACAGUUGCACAGUUUUUACAAGGCAGCUUGUACAACAUACCAAGGAUUUUUUUUGGAUGCUGGAUAUUUGUAGAAUAAUUAGAUAUUUAUGAGUAAAUGACUUAAAUAUGAAGGUGUUCAAGAAUUUUAUUUUGCUAUUUCAGCAAAUGGGUGUAAUGAGAUAUAUUUAGUAGAAGGUAACUUUUUCAGAGGUACUUAGGAAAUUAAGUAAAUUUUUAAACUUGACUCUGCUCUGACUACCUAAAACUAGCAUUAGUUGUUAAGUUGUCGUGACUGCAGCCGUAAAGUUUCCAUAAAGGCAUGAGCACAUACCUGUAGCGAAUAUAGCAAAGUGGAUUAACGUAUUUUUUCUCGUCUUUCAACUCCUAAAAUCCACCUUCGGUCACAUGUUUGUACACGUCACCGUUCAGCAAAGAAGUUGUGUGUUUUUGCCUGCACGAAGAUGAUUUCCUUUGCUCGCAGUUAUGUGAAUGACUGAAUUAUUUAAUGAAAUUAAGGAUCGAUUUGUAUUGUAAAAAAUACGUUUCCGAAAAUAUGUCGGUCUGUC